GAGCACUCUACAAAAAAGGCCACUGUGUUAGUUACCAAUCACAUUUCACAGAAACAUCAACCAUAUCAUUUUUUUUAAGUUUCAGUAAUUAACUUUCUCCAACAAUCGAUUCUUCUCAUUACAAUCUCCUCUGCUCCUCUCAUAAAGAAAAAGAAAAAUGAAAUUCUUGAUUAACCUUGCUAUUAUGUUCUUUCUCCUCAUAAACAUUUUCACAGCAAACACACAAUCUCUCAUUCAAACUUCUUGCAAGAAAGCAGCAGCUAGAGACCCGAAACUCAGACUCGAUUUCUGCAUCAAGUCUCUAGAAGGGCACCAACGCAGCAAAACCGCACAAAGUCUGGGCGAAUUAGCCACGGCCUCGAUGAAAAACGCUGGGAUGAGGUCGAGGAGCUUGGAAGCAAAGGCUGACAAGAUUCUCGAGGAGAAGGACUACGGGAAAAACAGUGUUCUCGGAAUGGUAAUCAAAGACUGCGCCAUGAUUUACAAAGACAAUGCUGUGACCUUGAAGGAAGCUGUGACAAGCGUUAGAGUGCGUGAUUACAAAACAGCAAUCUUCGUUAUGAGUUCUGCACUGAAUGCGACGAGAUUUUGCGAAACUAGAUUCGAAACAAGAGACCCGCCUCGGAUAUCUCCGUUUACAAGAGAUAACGAGUUUUUGACUCAGAUGAUUCUUAUUCCUUUAGAUUUUACAAAAAUGUUGAAAUGAAUAUACUAAAGGUGUAGUUUUAACAUAUAAUAACCUUGACA